AACGAAAGCUUCGAUUGACAAAAGCUUCAGUGCACGUGUACAUUGGCAGUUAUAGAAGUAGCAGUUAGCAGGAGGUAUAAUAUAUAUAAAUACUUGGAUAUUUUGUAUUUGAAUAUUUAAAUACAUUUAAUCCGUUUGAUUUAUACGAUUUUAAUAAUGAUUUUCCCUGUGGAAAUAUGGGAACGUAUAUUUUUAUACGUCGAUCCACCGACGCUUGUAAAUAUGAGAAUAAUUUGUAAAUGUUGGAAAGACAUUAUUGAUAAAAUGUUGCAGCAAAGCGCUCAAUGGUACAAAUUGUGCAAAAAUAAAAUUCCUGAAGAGUUUUGGUCUACUUUGUGUGAAACAUUAAAUUCAAAAAAAUUUUAUACUAAUUUUCAUGAGAUAUAUGAUGUUCAAUUUUGGAUAGCAAUGUAUAAAUUAUGGAUUAAAUGCAAAAACAUGACAAAGUGUGAUACACAAAGUAAAUGUGUUAAACUAAUAGACAAUCCUACAGAAUACAUUACAUGUACAGAUACAUCAGAAAAUUUAUUAGCAAUAGGGACAUCUGAAGGAUUGAUUUAUUUGUACUAUCUUCCCAAUCUACAAACGUGCGAAUAUGUAAUUAAUCAUAUGGAGUAUGUACAUAGUAUAAAACUUCUCAGAGAUGAAACAAAUAUUGUUUGUUUAUGUUGUUCUAUAAAUGACCACAUAAGCUUCUGGGAUGUGAAGACAUUGAAACUACUUAGUAUAACUCAUGGAAAAUUUAUUUGGUACGGCUUAAGGAAUACAAUAUAUAAAUAUAUAUGUAUACAUCAAAGCAAUUAAUAUAAUCAAUAUUUAACAGUACAAGUUACAGUUAUUGCUAUAUUGCCAUGCAUAAUAAAAUCAGUAUUGAAGGAUCUAUACCAAGAAGACUAUAUGAAUUUGGUGCAGACAAUGUUGUUGCUAUUGGUGCAAACUAUAAUAAAGUGCUGUUUUACACAGAAACAGGAUACUUUGUAAAUAUAUUUCUGGAUGAUGAUACAAAAGAGUGUAGUUAUAUACAUGCUCUACCACCAAAUAUAAGAAUUCGCCAUUAUUAUGUAUUUAAACCAAAUAUAAUUGCGUGUAUUACAGAGUAUGGAUACGUAGGCUUUUUGGUGCAAAAUAAAUGGAAAAUCCAUAAUUUAUUUCCUAUCUUACAUGGGACUCCUACUGUAAUUUUAGUAUAUGGUCAUAUACUUAUUUUGGGCUUAGACUCAGGAAAUGUUCAUAUAUUUUAUAUAGACGAUUUUGGAACAAUUAAUUUUGAUAUUAUCACUUCAAAAAAAUUAUGUCUUGAUUCCUCAGCUGUUAUUUCAUUAAAUAUAAUGGUUUACAAUGAGGAAUAUUUAAUUGUUGGUUACAGCCAAAAAAUUUAUUUUGUUGAAUUUAUAUAAUGGAAAUUAACAUAUAGAUAUAAGUAUAACGUAAAAUUCUAAAUUUUUAACUAUAUCAAUAAAUAUUUUUAUUGUGAAAAUAUUUACUAGAAAAAUAAAAUUGUAAUAUUAAAAAUUAUAAAAAUAUGUGUUAUGCUUUAUAAUUCUGCGCUGUUCCAGUUCCAUAUAUAGCAUCCCAUUCAACAUAAGUUGUUAGACUUGAUUCUGAUACACUCGGACGCAUGUGUAUCAAUGCUUCUUUGAAAUCAUCAACUGUUACCUGUCUGACAUCUUCUUUUCUAAUAUUCUCUAAUUGAUUAAAUGGAAUACUUCUGAUUGGUCCCAUGCUAGCUUCUUUACAUAAAUUUGACAUAUCGGCUCCAGAAUAUCCUUUUGAUUGUUCAGUUACAUUAUUUAUAUCCUCUUCAGUAAGAUUAUGUGGAACAGUUAUUAAUAAAUUAUUUAUGAUCUGUUUACGAGCUUUGAAUUCAGGCAGGGGAACAUAUAGUCUUUUGACCAAUCGUCUACGUGCUGCUUCGUCUAGUUCAUGUGGUCUAUUCGUUGCUCCUACAAUUAAAAUACGAUCUUCGUCUGCAGUUGCAGCUCCAUCCAGCUGCACUAAAAAUUCAGUUUUUAAUCUUCUAGAACUUUCGUGUUCAGUCUCGGAUCUUUGAGUAAGUAAUGAAUCUAUUUCAUCAACAAAAAUUACUGAUGGCUGAUAAACUCUAGCAACAGCAAACAAUGCUCUGACCAUCUUUUCUCCCUCGCCUAUCCACUUUGAAGUUAAGGAGCUCGCUGAUAUUGAAAAGAAUGUUGAUUUACUCUGUGAUGCUAUACAUUUUCCUAUAAGUGUUUUUCCUGUACCUGGUGGGCCAAACAAUAAGAUUCCUUUAGGUGGUCUACGUAAACCAGUGAAAAUAUCAGGUCUCAACAUAGGAUAUACAACUACUUCUUUUAUAAUUUUCUUUGCAUAUUCUAGACCAGCUAUGUCAUCCCAACAAAUAGUUGUUUUUGAAUCCAUUAUCUCGUUCUUUAUUAGUUCAACCAUUUUUGGUUCUACAUUUUUAAGUCUCUCAUCUCCUAUUUCCAUUGACUCACUUUCGUUAUUAUAUGCAUUUUCUUGAGCUUUCUCUUUUUCCCUUUUAAAUGGACAAACAAACUGAGAAUUAAUCGAUCCCUUCCCACCUAAAGUCUUCUUUUGCAUUGGCUUAUUAGUUUUCAUUUGCUGUACGUUUAAUUCGUCUCUGGCAGUUUUGAAAAAGUUCAUUUUAGAUUUAGCAAUGUUAGAAUCUUUUUCAUCAUGCUGGACAGAGACUGGUGCUUUUAAUUUCAUAUUAUUUCUAUGAUAAUUCAAUUCCUGAUUAUUUUUACAUGCUUUAAGUGACUCUUCUCUUGUAAAUUUGAAGUGUGAUUUAGGUUCAAACUUAGUAGACUUUUGUUUAAUGUAAUUUUGAUUUUCUUGAUUCACAGAGUAAAACUUAGAUAUCUUUAAUUGUUUAUUACAAUUCACUUGUGUACUAAUAAUUUCAUCUGCAGAACUAUUGGAUGAAAAGGAAGACUUAUCAACUUCACAUUGCACAUUAUCUUCAAUUUCUUUUUUAUGGCUUGUACUUGGACUCUGAUUAAGAUGUGAUUUUGCGUGAAUACUUAUCUUUCUAUUUCUCGAUACAAUUUCUUUAUUCUUCCAUACAUUGAUAAUAUUUUCUACAUGUCUGUCAUUGAAGCAUCUUUCACGACAAGGCAUGCUAUUGUUAUCUUGGCAAGCCAAAGGUUUCACAAAGUUUAGCGCUAUAUCUACAUCACAUAAACCUGACUUCCAUUUCUGUGAAUUAUUAGUGAUUUUUGGUGUUUGUAGCUUACAUUGCUUCCAAUAAUUAUUUACACCAUUUCUAUUUUCCAUUAAGCCUUGAUAAUCUUCCAAGCUUUUUUGGAGUAGACAAGCCGCCAUAUCUUCUGACUCACUGUAUGAAUAUUUAAAUAUUUGAUAGCAAAACAUCUGCGUUCAAUAUCUACAGCUUCUGUAUCAUUCUUGUCACUUUUUGAAAAUUUUAGAAUGUGAUAUGCUGCUAAGUAAUUAUUCUUCUUCUUAUUAAUUUCUGCAUCGAUAGUAGCCAUAACUGUGUCUUUAUUAAAAAUAUUUUAUUUAAUCUUAUUUAAUCUGCAUUUUGUGGUGCAAGUAAGUUUCCUUUUCCCUUUUCAAUUCGUUGAUUAGAAGUGAACAAUUAAAUAAACUUGUAAUAUAUACGUACAUUUGUAAAAUCACUGGAGCCCUCUUAGUCCUUUUUCCGAGUUACUCGACAUUAUCGACUAAUGGUUUUUAUAAGCAAUUCAUUUAAAAUGACAGAGGCCUGUGACAGAGAUAUUUAAAUGAUCAAUGCCUGUAUUUAGUCAAUGUAUCUAUUUCAUCUAUUUCAGAAUCUGUCUGCAUCUUUCAGAUUCUGAAAUACCGACCUGAAAAAAAAUUAUAGAGCUUCUUG